UUUGAAGCACAGACAGUCAUGGGCAUUAUCACCUUACCUGAUCAGGCGUCUACUCCCCACUCUCGAAGCCUGAGGACGAGGACGAGAAUGAGGAUGAGGAUGAGGAAGAUGCACUAAAAGUAUCAUGCAAACUGCAGGCUGAUGCAUCAGACAUCCUUUCCAUGACAGCUCAGCCGGCCACGAUCCGAUCUGGCCCAGAAUAGAGCCUGACCAUUACAAAGACUCCCCGCUGUCGAGGUCAUUCGCGGCCUAAUGGCAUGCAUGACCGGCGUGCAACAACAACACGAUGACUUCUCCGACAGGCCUUUUUGUUUUGCCAUGGCCGAGACCUGGACCAGACCGCCCCCGUGGGACAGGUGCAGCACGGCACGACACCCGUCCUAUGCCGCCGUGUUGCAUUGCCACGCUCGCGACGUGAAUCGGGUGGCACCGGACUGGACUCUCUUUCUUUUUGCAACAUCACAUCAGCUGGGGGGUCCCGAGCAGCCAUGUCUGGCUGAUUGACCGCUCUGGACGUGGUCUCACCGCUGUCAUUCGGCAAACGAUACUCCUACAUCAGCCCUUCUCUUCCUCCUCGCAUGCUCGAGCAUGCAGACGCUCCUGUCAGGGUUUGUCGGGUCAGCUGGGCUUCCCUCCAGCACGCCGCGCCCAAGUGAGCCGUGUGCAGCCCGUCGUCUUCGUCAGCUCCCAUCCACUCCUGCGGCGCGAAUAUACGAACGCACCUCCACCCAUGCAUGCCAUCACUCCGCCCCAGAUUCCGCCUCGAGCAAGACGACCUACCUUGACAGGUUUCGGAUACAAUUCCAGUUGCAAGAGUGUCCAGUGUUUCCCACAAACUUCCAACAAUUGCCAGGCCUGCAUCACGAUUUCCCCUGGCAAACGCGGGAUCUCGAAUACCAUUGGUUUGCUGUCAGUGAUUGCCCGGCGAUCGCCAGCGGCAGGCCUCCAAUGGCUGCAAGAGCCUGGUGCGAUUGGCCCGCAAGGGAAGUCUUCAGACAGGUCAGAUCUGUGAUUUACGGAACAGACCGGUAGCAUCAGUGGUAUGUAAUGGUUUCUUGAGAAUAGAAAGUUGUUCAGUACACGGUGAUCUCUCUCAUCAUGGGAAUAUACAUGUAUCCUAGAUGCUUCUUCCUAUGCUGCACGUAUUUAUUUUCAGAACGCAGAAUGCAAUAGAGGAAAGAGCCACUGCUUGGCCCUUCUUGCUUCUGGAAGGAUGAAGGACGAGAGCCAACUUACAGGUCAGGAAGGGUAUGCGAAGCAGCUGAAUGCUCUUUCUCUUUCCAUCGAUUUCUUCAGAAUAACAUCAACCUUUUGUUCGUUACCUGCAACAACCCGAGAUUCUUUCUGCACCUUGACAUCGAUCGCCCGCUUGCUGCAGCAUGCUCUGGGACUGAAGUUCCGCUGAUAAAACCGACAGUCAUUCCUCCCAACACCAAAACUCUCCUCCGCAACAACUUCAAAUAUGGCGAACGGCAAGAAAAAGAAGUGCACCACCGACCGCGGCCCUACGGCCUUACACAAGUAUCGCGGCACCGGCUUCGAGGAAUUCUACGCCGACCCUCCCAUGACCCCUGCCGAAGCCCAAGAGGAACGCGAGAAUCUCUACCAUCCAGACCUUCCGUUCGUCGAACGCAUCGAAACAUGCAUCCAGCGCUACCGCGCUCGACGCCGUCUGGGUGCCUCGGACCAGAUGUUCAACAAAUACCUCUUUCUCGGUGGUAUUGACUCCACCCCGCGCAUGUUCGGUGGCAAGGUCGAUGCCGACUUGAAGGACAUGUCUCCAGAGGAGAAGCGGAGCGCUGCGGCCAUCGACACCGUUCACAUGUCCGGCGGCGGCAGUCGCUUCUACAACGAUAACGAUCCAGAUGACUGGGACGUCGACUUCGCCGGCGUCGCCGCGGGUUUCCUGUCCGAGAAUCUUCCGACGAUGACGGCGUGGGACUACGCCCAGAUGGGCAAGGCCGUCGGCGUGCUGGAGAACUUCCUCACCUACGUCCUCCAGCACGACGUGUGUCCCGAAUACAACGCCAAUGUUAAAGAAGCCCUAGCUAUUUGCCAGAAAGCCAAAGUCGAGCUGCCUCAAGCUCACCAAGCGCUCCUGCGCUUCCCAGGUGAAUUCAACCUGGCGCUUUCGGAGCUGUUCUGUGGUGACUUUCAUUUCUUCGGUGAAGCCGAGUUUCAAAGACCCAAGGACUUCGCAGCCGAGGAUGUUUUGAAGAUCGCGUUCACAACGGCGGGAACCCGGCAGCAGUACGAUGCUGUCAUGAAAGGCUUGGCCGACAAGUCCAUCAAAGUCGUCAGCGAGGAGGAAUGCAACAUGGAGGUUGUGUCUGUUAACCGCCCGACGAUCGAAUCGCGCAAGCUCGUUCGCAGCAUCAGGCUGGACAAGGGAGGACCAUUCACGCCUGUCGGCUCAAUCGUUACCAAGCCGUGCCUGAUUGAGGACGGUUACGAUCGCGGAGCAGACUUUGAGCUAUCCAAGGAGGAGGUAACCUUCUUUCUGGACGACGCCAUCCUCGUGAGACUGCAACCCGGAUUCAAGCUUCAGCUUUGCGUUUGCGAGCUCAACAUUGGCAUCAGGUUUAUCAAACAGGCCCGCCUCGUGCUUGUGGAAUGGCACACCUUUCUACCGCAGAACCUCAUGCAGCACUACAAAGAGCCCGUGCCCUGCGAACGCCCUCCCCUGUCGGCCGUCAAGAUGGAUAGCGAAGGAGUUCAUGUCGAUGCGGACAAGCAGAAUACGGUGGACUCUUAG